UAUCCUCCUCCUAUUUCUGCUCCCCUCCCUUCUUUUCUCUCUCUCUCUCUCUCUCUCUCUCUCUCUCGCUGUGUGGGUGCCUAUCUGUUGGAGUAAGACAGCUGGGGAGAUCUGGAAAGAUUUCUGUCUGGGUGCCUGUCUCUGGCGCCGCGAGGGACACAGCUCGGCUGGUGACACCGUAAAGGGGGGAGCGUCAGUGACAAGAAGAGCAAGAAAAGUGACAGGGACACCGGUUGCUAAGCGGAUGAGCAGAUCCCUAAUGCCAUAGAGAUGAGAACCAGGGAACGAUAAUACAGAGACGCUGGUGAACUGCAUUUUGGUGGCAGCUGGGACAGACACAGAGACGGAUUCUUCUCUUAAAAUCUACAUCCCAGGGCAGAGAGUCGGCUGGCACUCACAUACUCAUUCUCUGUCUUCUUUCUCCAAUCAUUCCUUCAGUCCUUUCUCAGUUACCAAGGCUUGAUAGAAGAUACGAAGAUACAAAUGAGUAGCUGUUGAUAACGAGGAACAACCUAGUUGUUUAGAUUGUUAUAUUUAAAAGAGGCUUGCUCUCAUAUCCUGUCCUGUAGAACAUGAUGCACAAAAUCUCCAGAAUGACUGUGGAACAAAAACUUCUCUAAUUUAGGCAAAAACUCCAGAUUUGGACAUCAUCUCUUGCCUUAGCCCUUCAAUCUUGAUAUGGCUAUUAUGGCAUGCUGGUGGGUCUUUGUGACAAUAACUUUUUGUUUUUCUUACCUCCCACCAGGAGCACACAGCGAUUGCUGGUUGAUUGAGGGGGAUAAAGGUUAUGUCUGGUUGGCCAUAUGUAGUCAGAAUCAACCACCUUAUGAGACCAUUCCUCAGCAUAUCAAUAGUACAGUUCAUGAUCUCAGGCUUAAUGAAAAUAAGUUAAAGAUAAUUGGUUAUGCUUCCCUAUCUCGCUUUGGAAACCUGACAGAUCUGAACCUAACCAAGAAUGAGAUCUCCUACAUUGAAGAUGGAGCCUUCCUUGGACAAUCCAAUUUACAGAUUCUUCAGCUUGGUUAUAACAAGUUAACCAAUUUGUCUGAGGGAAUGCUUAGGGGUAUGCCCAGAUUACAAUUUCUCUUUGUUCAGCAUAACCUGAUUGAGGUGGUAACCCCAGGAGCUUUCUCCGAAUGUUUAAGCCUUAUAAGCAUUGACUUAUCUUCUAAUCGACUCCAAAAGCUGGACAGUUCUACCUUUGUUGGUCUUCCAGCACUAAUGGCAUGCGAACUGGCUGGAAAUCCUUUUCAUUGUGGUUGCGAACUAUAUGGCUUUCUUGAUUGGCUUGUCAUGUUUAACAAUUUUACUAGAAAUUAUGAUCGUUUACAGUGUGAAAGUCCUAGAGAGUUUGCUGGUUACCCACUCUUAAGCCCCAGGCCUCACCACAGUCGGAAUGCUAUAACUGUUCUUCAGGCUCGAUGCAAAAAUGGAGGAAUAUUUUCUGUACCACGUGAAAGGCCGACUCCAUUCAUACCAGAUUCCUUACAUGAUCCAGAUGAAAAUUCUGGCUAUAGUCCUGGGGACGUUCUUUAUCCUGAGCCAACACCUCCCUCCACCACAGACUCAUCUGUUAUGCCCACCAUUGAAAUUCAUCAUGUGACUGGAAGUUCAGCUACUUUGAUUGUCACUAUUCCAUAUCCAUAUAAAAAGAUGUACAUUCUGGUGCAGUAUAAUAACAGUUUUGUAUAUGAUGUGACAACUUUGAAGCACAAGAAGGAAUAUAUAACCUUAGAUAAGUUGAAGGCUCAUGUAAAUUACACUUUCUGUGUGGCUUCCAUACGCAAUUCAAAACGCUACAACCAUACCUGCCUCUUUGUAUUCACUCGUUCUAAGGAGAAGGAAGAAUUUUCCCCUAACGCUUCCACUACUACACACUAUAUCAUGACCAUAUUGGGCUGCCUCUUUGGUAUGGUUAUCAUACUGGGAGUAGUGUAUUACUGCUUAAGGAAGAAAAGGAUGCAAGAGGAGAAAAAAAAAUCACUCAAUGUUAAAAAGACUAUUCUUGAAAUGCGGUAUGGUUCAGAUAUUGAUCCAUGUCUGGGAGCCCAUUCUUCACAGAAGAUGUCAGAGCAUCCCAUCCCUAUAUCUCGCAUUUCUUCACUGCCCACUUCAGUGUCUGGGCUUGGAGGUGGAGAUAAAGGUCUUUCUAAACCUAUGAAUUCUCAAAUGGGAACGCCUAAAGGUCCAAAGGGAACUAACUACAUGGAAGUAAGAAGUGGAGAAGGGCUAGAAAGAGGUCAAAGAGGGAUUUCAGGAGGAGAUGAAGAUGAAGAAGAUUUUCGGGAACUAGACAAUGGUGAGGGCUCAGCAUCUGAGAUAUCAACAAUUGCCAAGGAGGUAGAUAAAGUGAACCAAAUUAUCAAUAAUUGUAUUGAUGCCCUAAAACUAGACACGGCUUCUUUUUUAGGCGGGGGGGACCCGGAGCUGGGUUACGAUUGCCAGUCAAUCCCAGCCAGCUCUUCGGGUCACCUAGAGCGGUUGAGCUUCCUCUCUCCUCCAUACAAAGAGGGCGUUCACCCUCUUCAGCGCCAGCUAAGUGCAGACGCUGCCACAGUUGCGAAGAAACGUUGCAGCAUUUCGUCUAGUGGCUCCAUUAAAAGUGCCAGGGUAUUUAGCUUGGAUGUACCAGAUCAGUCUCUAAAGUGUGACUCCAAGUAUAUCGAGAAGAGCAGCCCCAUGAAUAGCCCUAUGGAUCGCCUUCCAUUAGUAUCUUCUUCUGGAGUCCACCAUUUAGAUGUCAAGCCUUCCUAUCACUGUAGUGAACACCGCCACUCCUUUCCUGCUCUGUAUUACGAGGAAAGCGCUGAUACAUUAAGCGAGAGAGUCAGCUUUCUGAAGCCACUGUCACGUUCUAAGAGAGACUCUAGCUACUCCCAACUGUCACCGAGACACAAUUUCUCUGGAUACUCCUCCAGUCCAGAGUACUCCACUGAAAACACCCACAAGAUUUGGGAACGCUUCCGUCCUUAUAAAAAACACACCCGGGAAGAGGUCUACAUAGCAGCUGGACAUGCCCUGCGCAAAAAGGUCCAGUUUGCGAAAGGAGAGGACUUGCACGAUAUCUUGGAUUACUGGAAGGGAGUGUCUGCUCAACAGAAACUGUAAAUUACACCUGUCAAGGUGCUUAGAGCCGGCUAUGGCUGUGGACACGUCUCAGCUGAGAAUUGUGGUGCUGAAGCACUACAGUUUGCAAUUAAAGUUUACAUUGGAGGUGGGGAUGUUCCCUCACAGAGGGGAGACAAAGAGAUUGUGAGUUCUGCACAGGGAAUUUUCUGGCACAGACCUCCUCCCCUUUUUAACACUUCCCCCCACGUCUCCACACACUGUAUUGGUGACUUUCUUUCUAUUUACAUAUUUUUGUUGCUAAAGAUUUUCUUUAAUUUUUAUCAUUUUGUUGAAAAAAAUGAUAUGUAUUGCUCUGAAUGUUGCAAGCUGAUGUCAUGUACUCUCCCACUCACAGAGUGCCAUUCCUCUAAUAAUUUUCAAAUAAUAAUCUUCUCCUAUAGUUUCUUCACUACUUGUAUAAAUUGAUAGGAAUGACACAAAGCUGGCAUUAAAGCAGCAAUCUAAUGUGAUGGUGAAUUUUCUUCCCAGACCUCUGGAAAAUAGUCUGUCCUGCUUACAAUAAUGAAAUAGUAACCUUAAAUGAGAUUUGUCAUCGUGAUCUAAAAACAGCUUUUCCAAAGUAUCAUGAAAUGCUCUGUAACGUACAGGUAAUGUAUGUUGACCAUGAUUACUGGAGAAGUUUGAGUCGGCAUAAUAAAUUCCAGUAUAUGCGAUUUUAAUAUGGACUGAAAAACCUCCCAUUUCUCCAAAAAUGUAUAUCAAACAUGAAUUAGUUUGCAAAUUUUUGUAUAAAAAGUUAUAUUUGCAAUUUACAAUUUCAUAGUGGCCCUGUUUCAUUGCUUAUGUGUGCAGACUUAUGACUUUACCUCUUAUUCUUCCGUUAUAUUAUAUUUCUCAGUGUGUUUAACUAGCCAUGGGGAAGGUGCUAAAUAUCUUUGACUCAUCUUACAAUGUUACAGUUUGUGAUAGUAAUAUACAGUAUGUGUGAAAGUAAAUCAAAAUCAUUUUCAACCUGUGGUUGCUAAAUAGCAUAAAAUCUAUUACAUUUGCAAUAGCAUUGUCUACGGUAGGCUAUGAAGCACAUUUAGCUUACACAGGUUCCUGUGGCUCCCUAGAACUUCUUACUAAAGUAUGUGUAUGCCUUUGUUUACAUAGAGUACUCGGAGUUGGCUACUUUAAGAUUAGCAAUAGGGAUAUGAUGUUUUAAAGGAACAAUAAGUAUAGAAAAAUCCCAACAAUUCUUCCCUCAAUAUCCAAUGAUCAUAUCCUUGUCUUAUAUUCCAUUCAAAUUGUGAUAUAUCGUGCAUAAAUAAUUCUAUAGGUGUCUCAAGAGAGCGUCCAUUUCCUCCGACCUUCAUCUAAAAAAACCAUGUUUGGCUUUAAGACAACUAGCAGCAGAAGGAGACCUGGCCGUUGUAGGAGACUAUAAAUGUUAAACCGCACCUCCUUAGCUAAGCCUCGCCCUGACCAUAAACCAUCUACUAUCUUUCAAUCAACAUACACUAGAUGAAAAAAAAUGUUAGGGUGUCCAAAUUGUUGACAUAAUAUAAUAUAAUAGUAGUACAGAGAAUAGAUUAUAUAGUGAUAACAUAUCUGAGGAUAUAGCUGAGGGGGUCAAAUAAGGCACAUAGAUGAAUAUAGCAGAAUUUGACCUUCCAGAAUAACAUCUUUGCACUCUGAGAUUUUUCUAGUCUUCAAGGGUUUGUCUUCAAAUGCACCUUUGGAUUCAAAGAUGACAUAAUAUAAGCUGUAUGUUGGGGUCCGCUUAUUCCAUCCACCUAUUUUCAUGAUGUCAGCUUGCAACAUAUAUCUCUGUAGUUUAUCAGUGCAUGGUUUUAACUUUGUCACUUUUACAUUGCCCAGUGUUUUUUGACUUUUUAGAAGCUAA